AUGGCGUCCACUGUUAAUCUUUUCAUCUUCCUCAUUUCCAUUUUCAUCUGUACUGCAAACCCAAUGUUCUGUUCAACAUCAGAAUCUCGUCGUCACCUCCUGCAAACUCCAUCUCUAUCACCACUUCCGUUGGCCGUCAUUCUCUCAAAUCUUGGAUUCAAUGACCUUGCUGAUGCUUCUCUCAAUUCCUCCAUCUCCACCGUUAAUUUCCCACUUACCAUUUUUGCCCCUACUGAUUCCUCCCUCCUCACUUGCCCUUCUUGCUCCAUUCCCCUUCUUCUUCAAGAACACUCUGUUCUUGGUCUCUACUCGUUUCACUUCCUCCGGAGUUUAGCAUUUGGUACAAAGAUUGAAACUUUAGCCCCAACUCGAUGUCUCACGAUUACCCCAUCUCGAUUCGGAAAUUCUUCAAAGGAAGUGUUCGUUAAUGGGGUGGAAAUUACUAAACCGGAUAUGUACAACAAUGGGUUCUUCAUUGUUCACGGUAUACAGGGGUAUGUCUCUCAUCUUUCUUCAAUUUCUUGCAGAAUUGAGAGUAUGACUACUUUAUCCUUCCCGUUUCUUCCGCCGCCUACGGCAGCAUUUGCUGCCACGCGCGUGAUGUUAAAAGAUGUAAUGGGUCGUUUGCGUACUGGUGGUUAUACUUUGGUGGCACUUGCUAUGAGGGUUAAGUACCCUGAACUAUCAGAUUUGAAAUCAAUGACUGUUUUUGCAAUGGAUGAUUUGUCUAUAUUUGGUAUUGGAAUUGGGCAUGAGUAUGUUGCAAAUCUUGGGUUUCAUAUUGUGCCUAAUAGGCUGUUAAUGUCGUCGGAGUUGGCUGAAUUGGCUCCUAAUACAGAGCUGAUGACAAUGGACAAAGAGGGGAAAUUGGUGGUGACUACUGCAGGUGGCAAUGGUCCUUUGGUUCCAAUGAGGAUCAAUUAUGUUAAAGUCAAGGAUUAUGAUCUUGUUUACAAUAAAAGGAUUGUGGUUCAUGGACUCUCAACGCCAUUUCCGCGUAUUCAUCAUCAUGAUCCUUCUGCUGAUGUAUCCAUAAGAAUUUCAGAUGGAUCCUUAGGUCAAUGA